AUGGCCACGUUUGUCCUUCUCACAAUCCUCUGGCGCCUGUGGGACGCGAGGAAUGCCGAAGUCUUCAGAGGUGAACGGCCAUCAGCAGCUCAGAUCAUCAACCACAUCAUUCAGAACCUGUCCACAGCACUAGGUUUCCUUGAUUCUUAUGAGAACCCCUACCUGAUGAACUGCCUGAUGUGGGUGCUUGGGAUUGCUAAUAUAGCUGGUCAAAUUGUUCAUGAGAUCACUCCUCGACUUGUGGGUAUUCUCGUGGAACCUCUGGCAGCAGUUAUUGGCCGGACUGUUGAGCAGGACCCAGCACUACUCCCUGCUUUUGAGGCCGGCCUCUUCCCAGUGCUCCAGAGGAUAUUGAUUGAGGACAUCUCAGAGUUCUGGCCCUAUGCUUUUCAGAUAUUUGCACAACUCGUUAUUUUGAGCCGACCACCUCUCUCGCAGAAUUACAUGCAGCUAUUUGGUGCCCUUCUCAGUAAUGCCACUUGGGACCGGCCACCAUGUGUUCCAGCCUUGGUUCGCUUGCUGCGAGCAUUCCUUAGGAAAAUUCCAAAUGAGCUAAACCAAGAGGGCAGGCUUCCGCAUAUCUUGGCAAUAUCUCGUAGUCUCCUCUCAAGCAGCCGCACUGAAGAUUAUGCAUUCUACAUGCUGAACACAAUAGUGGAAAAUGUUGGUUUUGACAUUCUGAACCCAUAUAUAAUGCUGGUCAAAUAUGGAUCAAGUGUUCUUGUCAGUUCUGUUGAUGCAGUUCAGCCAAAUCUUUUCACCCAAAUCCUUCAGCGAUUUUUGAUUCCGAACCUCCAAUUGAUCAGAGGAGCUCUUGAAGUUAAGUUGACAGCAGUUGCUUCGACAAAAUUGCUUUGUGAUUCUGCGGUGCUGUUGGAUGUUGCUGCAGCCCAGUCGUGGGGUAAAUUACUUGACAGUAUAGUCUCACUGUUGUCCAGAGCGAAUCAAGAUGGGGCACAACAAGAGCAAAAUGAUGCUAUCGAUGCAGUGGAUAUUCAGAAGACGUCAAGUUAUUCUGUCUCAUUUGUACGACUUCAAUAUGCUGGAAACAGUGAAGAUGACCUUUUGAAAGAAGUAAAUGAUACAAAACAAUUUGUGGUCACAUCCUUGGCCACACUUUCUGCCCAGUUUCCUGGGAGGUUUGGUCCUGUCAUUGAGCGGCAUGUGGACCCAGUGAACAAAAGUGUGCUUCUUCAUCUUUGUGCAGCCUACAAUGCCAAAAUUGUCUAG